AUGGCGUCCCGUAGAUCCGUCCUCGUCUUGUUUGUCGCCGUUGCGGCAUCGACCGUCGCCGUGGCUCUCGGUCAGCCGCCGGCCGGGCCGGACUAUAGCUACGUACCUGGGACGAAGACGGGUCCGGAGAACUGGGCAAAGCUGAGCCCCAAGUACAGCACCUGCAACGGCGGCGCUCCCGUCAGGAAGCAGUCCCCCAUCGACAUCAUCACCAAGAACGCCGUCUCCCGGCCCGACCUCGAAUCCCUCAACCGCACCUACGUCGCCUCCGACGCCACCCUCAUCAACAACGGCAAAGAAAUCUCGAUGAUGUUCACCGGCAAGGGCAAGGUCGGCAGCGUGUCCAUCGGCGGCAAGUCCUUCAGCCUCAAGAAGCUCCAGUGGCGCACGCCCUCGGAGCACACCAUCAACGGCAAGCGGCACCCGCUGGAGGUCCAGCUCGUCCACGAGAGCGACGCCGGCACGGGCGAGCUCGCCAUCAUCGCCAUCCUCUACAAGGUCGGCGCGCCCGACUCCUUCUACUUCCAGCUCAAGAGGGAGCUGGCGGAGCUAACGGGCGACCGGUGCAACUACGGCGUGGAGGACGCGAGCUCGCCGAUGGGGCUGGUGCACCUGCGCUCGCUGCAGAAGCGGACGGGGAGCUACUUCCGGUACAUGGGCUCCCUGACGGCGCCACCGUGCACCGAGAACGUGUACUGGAACGUACUGGGCAAGGUGAGGCAGAUGACCAAAGAGCAGCUCGACAAGCUCCUGGCGCCGCUGCCGCCCGCCGCAAGGCAGAACGCGCGCCCGGUGCAGCCGCUCAACGGCAGGGUCGUCACAUUCUACAACCCGCCCAACAGCACCAUCUCAUUCCAGAUGUGA